ACAAGCUCAAUCUUAGCCCGCCACCCAAUAGUUCCAUCGUUAUCGUGUGUAUAUAUAAGGAUCUCUAAAGAAAAUCUUAUGCACCAAAAAGAAAGCCAUGGCAAAACGGAGCGUAAAAGCCGCGGUCAUCGGAGCCGGCAUGUCGGGUCUGGUCACGGCCCGGGAGCUCCUUCGAGAAGGACACCGCGUGGUGGUCUUUGAGAAGGGGGGCGAAGUCGGGGGCACAUGGGUCUACGACCCCCGGGUCGAGUCCGAUCUGUUGGGCCUCGAUCUGGCUCGCGAGGUCGUGCACAGCAGCAUGUACAAGUCGCUCCGAGUGAACCUCCCGAGGCCGAUCAUGGGGUUCUCGGACUACCCGUUAGAAGUGAAACACGGCAUUGGGGAUGACCCGAGGCAGUUCCCGGGUCACAAGGAGGUGCUCCGGUUCCUGCGGGGUUUCGCGGAGGAUUCCGGGGUGGUCGAGCUGGUCCGGUUCGGGCACGAAGUGGUUUGGGUGGAGCGGCGAGUCGUCGAGGGGAGGAAUGACGAGUGGGUCGUGGAGUGGCGGAGGCGUGACGGCGAAGCGGGUGCGGAGGUGUUUGAGGCCGUGGUGGUCUGCAAUGGCAAGUACACCGAGCCGAGGCUAGCUGAAUUUCCAGGUAGAAGUACUUGGGGAGGAGAACAAAUACAUAGCCAUAACUAUCGAGUUCCCGAACCAUACAAAGAUAAGAUUGUAGUGAUCAUUGGAAAUUGACCGAGCGCGGUCGACAUUGCGAAGGACAUCCUACAUGUCGCGAAAGAAGUUCACGUAGCUUCAAAAGAAACCAGCAAGUUUAAGAUUCAUGGCGGCCUAUUUCAACAUUCCCCGAUCGAUUACGCUGAAGACGAUAGGAAAAUAGUUUUCCAAGAUGGAUCGUCGACAUAUGCAGAUGCUAUCAUCCAUUGUUCCGGGUACAAGUACCACUUCCCAUUUCUCAAAACAAAUGGAAUUGUGAACGUGGACGAUAACCGCGUCGCGCCUUUGUAUAAGCACGUUUUCCCGCCUGCGCUAGCUCCUUGGCUUUCUUUCAUCGCCAUACCAUAUCGGACUAUUGCAUUUCUCCUUAGCGAGUUACAAUCAAGGUGGGUAGCAAAAAUAUUAUCUGGGAAAAUACUUUUGCCAAGUAAAGAAGAGAUGACCUCACAGGCUCAAGAAUAUUACCAGCGGAUCGAGGCGGUCGGAUGGCCCAAGCGCCAUACUCACAGGCUCCAAUUGGAAAAGUUUGAUUAUGAGAAUUGGCUUGCUGGAGAGUUGGGACUACCGCCACUGGAGAAAUGGAGACAAAACAUGUAUUUUGCAUCGUUGAAUCUUCUGAUGAUGUUUGGCGAAAAUUGGAGAGACACUUGGGAUGUUGAAAAAUGGUUGAAAGGAGAAGUAGAAGGAGAAGAAGAAGGGCCGGACAACAUUAAUUGCACUUUGGAAUAUUGAUUUGUGAAAACUAGGAUACUACAUGUUGGAAGCAAUUUAAGCGAUCAUUUGCGUUCUCCGUUUAUAA